UUGAGAUUUAAUCAUUUGUGAUCUUGUUAUACUUUGUUAUUUGUAUGUAAAAGUAUAUCAAAUACAAUGAUUGCACAAGAUAGAAUGUGCAUCAUGAAUGGUCAGAUGCAACAAAUGCGUUUGCAUAAAUUGGUUACACAAUUCCAAAACACAUUUGUCGCUUUGCUUCUGCGCCGUAUGUUGAAAUAAAAUAAUGUUGUAAAACAUAAAAGGUCGGGUACAGCAAACGCUUUUUUCUAAAUCUGCCAAAUCAUCAACUCACUAUCUGGGGGAUUAUUCAGAGGGAGAUUUGGAGAAAUUCCAAUAUGACGAGACUGUUGCAUUGGAAUGACAUCACCACAUAUGAGCGCAACAAUGAUGGCACGGACACAGCCCGAUGGCGUCGAAGAUGCGCGUUUGAACAGAAGGAUGCUCGGCGGAUGCUGCGCUUUGUCCGCGCACGCGUCUGUCUCCACGUCCUGCACAAGCGUGUCUUUUGUAAUGCAAACGAGAGGAGCCUCUUUUUAUGAAUUAUGUAUGCGCGCAAUGAGUGAUUAAUACGUCCAGCAUUCAACUGUCGCGCAUGCACUAAGCCUGUAGGCGUCUGAUUUAUACAAUCAAUUAGUUUGGAGACAAAUUACGCACGCACCUCGCCACCAUUUUUUUGUGCGCAAACAGCUUAAAACGCGUUGUGCUUAAAUUGCGCACGGCUUCUUUAAAAACUGGACGUGGUGUGUGUGACACAUUUCGGGACUUCUUUGUUGCCGUUUUAAUUUCAAAUUCUGAUGGUCUGAGAGUGAAGAAGCCCCUUUAGGAUGCUUACAAAGGCAGGGCACGUGUGCAUUGACGGGACGCAUCAGAGCGUGAAAAGAGGAGGAACCAGCGUGUGCCCAAAGCGCCCUAAUAUAAUAAAGCUCAGGUACAUCUGCUGAGCAAUCUGCAAAUCCCCCCUCCGCUACAUUUCCAACGCAGACCCUCCCAUUUCCAAAUCCGUAGGGAUUCCAACUCCAUCUGAUUGGAUGAGGCAGCAAGGGGCGAGAACAAUGUCAUCCUUUCGGCUUAAAAAGAGUGCUGCUAUGUCUCUGUGAUUGAAAGAUCACCAAACGCAUCCAAAUACAGCACCGCGCGUGCCUCUGAUCCAAGCUCAUCUAAAGUGCCUUUCAGUUGGCGAGGAUGCCUAGAGGAUUUUUAGUGAAGAGAAAUAAGAAAGCGAUACCUGUUUCGUACCGGGUCCGUGCGGAUGAGGAUGAAGCGCAGGGAGCGUUUCCAGCCGCGCAGGAUGCCAGCGCACCGCCUACGCACAGCCCAGCAUCGCCGCGCACGGAUGCGGGCGCCCUGAGCAUCUCGCAGGAAGUCAAACCGGUGCAGUUUGGGAACCCGGAGACGGUGUACAGGUCCAUGUACAGCCCGACGCGUCCCGUGAGCAGAGAGCACGAGAGGGCGUGUUUGGAGAGGCGGUUCAAUCUGGGCUCGCCCAUUUCAGCGGAAUCCUUCCCAGCUGUGCCCAAUGGCUCGGAUCACGCCCCGUUCGCUCCCGUGGAUCUAAAAAUAGGCACCAGCAACAGCAACCGAACCGGUACCAGCAACCCGGUCCCAUUAGCCACCAAAAGAUCCUCGUCGGAUAGCGAGCGCAAAGGCAAACCGGCAUCCAAGAAAGCCAAAGCCAUGAGGAAAUUGCAGUUUGAGGACGAGAUGACCACCUCUCCAGUGCUGGGCUUGAAAAUCAAAGAGGGUCCGUUGGAACAGAAACCCAGAUCUCAGUCGACAGCCGGCGACAAGCCGCUGGGCGAGUUCAUCUGUCAGUUGUGCAGAGAGGCGUACGCUGACCCCUUCUCUCUGGCUCAGCACAAGUGCUCCAGGAUCGUCCGAAUCGAGUACAGGUGCCCAGAAUGUGACAAGCUCUUCAGCUGCCCGGCGAAUCUGGCGUCACACCGGCGCUGGCACAAACCCAAGCAGCAAAACCCGACGGGCACCAACCCGGAGAGCAAUAAGACGCCCGCGUCCGUCAAAAGCGAGGAGCCGAAAGAGACGGCCAGCGACAGGGACACUCCCAGCCCCGGACUUUCCGAAUCGGGCUCCGAGGACGGCCUCUACGAUUGCCAACACUGCGGGAAGAAGUUCAAACGCCAGGCGUACUUGAAAAAGCACGUGAUGGCCCAUCACGACGUUCACGACGGCUUCCCAGCACCAGACAAAAGCCAAGUACCUUUGAACCUGAGCGCGUCCGAGUGCCACCUGUGUCCGGUGUGCGGGGAGAGCUUCCCCAGCAGAGCCAACCAGGAGAGACACAUCCGCCUGCAUCACUCCGCGCAGGUGUACCCCUGCAAAUACUGCCCGGCCAUGUUCUACAGCUCGCCUGGACUUACGAGACACAUCAACAAGUGUCAUCCGUCGGAGAACAGGCAGGUGAUUCUCCUCCAGAUGCCCGUGCGUCCGGCCUGCUGAAAGCUGCAUGUGCCUUAAUCCACAGCAUGAACUCGGAAGCGCAACGAGAGACUGUUAAACUAGAGGAUCCUGCUAUUUCCACACGUGAGGUAGUUCAUCUGGAGGUUCGACGCGUUUAGACUGUUCCAUUAUUUUUCUAGGAUCUCUGCACAAGUGCUUUUAGCUUUUAGACCUAAGAGUCUUAGAACAUGCCUUGAAUUCACAGGCUGUACAUAUAUUUUCAUCACUUUCUAGCUUUAAUAGAGCUUGUGAAGAUGUGGGGAUUUGACUGUAGCUUUUCUCCCGUUAGUGUAGCCAGAAAUGCCUUGAAUAGAUGCUGUAAAACUGCCUUAAUCAUGUACAUGUUGGAGGGGUUGCUUGUAAUAAUAACAUUUAUAUUGCUACUACUAUUAUUAUUAUUGUUGAUGUGUGUAUAUCUUUGUGAUUAUUUAUCGUAUUAUUUAUUUAUUUCAAAUAUUUUAUUUAAAUUAUUCGUUUGCCAUUCAUUGAUUUGUGAUUGAUUUUCUAAUUUGUCUCGACAGCCAAAUGUUUCAUUUAUCGAUUGAAAGACCUUGUCCGCGUCAAAUUCACUUUGCAUUAGGUACAAUCGUUUAUUUAUUUAUUGUUUAUGUUUUGUUAAUGAUGUUUUCGGCGCUUGUGUGUUUCUGCAGUUCUGCUAUUUGUCCAAAAAUACCUACUACUACUACUACUACUAAUAAUAAUAAUAAUAAACAUUCCAAAAAGUUUCAAUGGGAUCCACUCGUAAUGUGAAAUUCCGGCAGUUCAGAAAAAUGUGUGUGUGUUCUGUCAUGUGGAAACCCAAACACUGUGAUGUCAUGGAAAUACAUCAGCUGGAUUCUGUACUGAGAUACAUCUGCACUUAAUAAAACAUGU